CUAAAUUUGAAUUUUACUGUGCUUUCAUGGCCGUCCUUUUCCUGUGACAGAGCUGGCUCUGAUGAAGCAAAAGAGGUGUUGAAGAAACUUGGUGCUAAAGAAGUGUUCACUGAGAGCCAAUUAGAAAUAAAGAAUGUCAAGAGUCUACUGGGUGAUCUAAAAGAACCUGCCCUUAGAUUAAACUGCGUUGGUGGCAAUGCUGCUUCCUUGGUGAUGAAAUUUUUGAGGCGGGGAGGAACCAUGGUGACAUAUGGUGGGAUGUCUAAGAAACCAAUUACAGUGUCAACUCCAUCUUUUAUCUUCAAGGAUCUUUCUUUGAGGGGAUUUUGGCUGCAUAAUUGGAUGAGUUCAAAUGAUUUAAGAGGGUGCAGAAGAAUGAUAGAUCACUUGCUCGAGCUAGUGCAGGAUGGGAAGUUAAAAUACAAGACGGAGCUGGUUCCUUUUAGUGAUUUCCACAUUGCACUGGAUAAAUCAUUGGGGAAACUUGGAAGCCAUCCUAAGCAAGUCCUAAAGUUCUAGGGCUACUAAAUAUUUAAGGGCAGUGAGAAGAU